CCUCUCUCUCUCUCUCUUUCUCUUUCUCUCUGCUUCUUGGGUAUGGCUGCUGACGUCAGCUCUCUCGUACGGAUACUAAGUAUGUACAAGGAUGAUCGGACGGUGGUAAAAGAUUCCACCGGACCAAGAUCGACGGUGGCGCUCAUGACACGCGAUCUCCUCGGAAGCGGCGGUUGUGUGGGAGGAGGACAAGGAGGAGACGAACAGUCGCUGGAACUUGACCUUGACCUCCAAGUCCCUAACGGAUGGGAAAAACGUCUCGACCUAAAGUCAGGGAAAGUGUAUCUGCAACAACAAUGCAAUUCAACGAGCUCUUCGUCAUCAUCUCAUCAUCGUCACGCAGACCAAACCAACCAAACAGUUCCGAGAUUUCAAGAUUUGAAUGUCCCUCCGAUCUCCGACAAAUCUCCGGCGAAACCAUUGUUAAGCCUCUUCGACGACGAAGAAGACACAAACCUUGAACUGAAGCUAGUUCCGUCGUCUCUCUCUCGUCCUCUUCCACCUCCUCUGUCUUCUUAUUCUCCAAAUACGUCGCUCUCGUAUCUAUCGAGUGUUUGCACACUAGACAAAGUGAAAUCGGCUUUGGAGAGGGCGGAGAAAGAUACAAGGAAACGCCCAUCGCCUGACGAUGACGGUGUUUACGAUGGAACCGCUUCUGCCACCAGCGCCGCGGCGUCUCAGGUGGCGGCUGGAUGUCCAGGGUGCUUAUCGUACGUGUUUGUGGCGAAGAACAAUCCGAAAUGCCCGAGGUGUCAUUCGUUUGUUCCUUUGCCUGCCAUGAAGAAGCCUAAGAUUGAUCUCAAUAUUUCGAUUUGAAAAAAACUCUUGGGGAUAGAAUUGAAUGGCUUUAUUUUGUAGGUUCGAUUUCUGUAAAUGAUAGAUAAAUCAGGGGGUUUCAU